AUGUCCAUGCCUGCUUUCUUCCGCAUCGCCCGUCGCGGCAAUGAAGGCAUCGUCCCCGUCUUCUACCGCCGGGUGGGAUGCAGAAGAAGAGGAGGUGUGAGGUUCACGAUGAGAGGGCAAGGUAAUUUCAAUAUGGUAAUACUAUCAAACAUUGGCGCCAGCGGCGCGGUGAGAGCGGUUGCGGUGAGAGGAUCAAGGGGAAAGACUUGGCUUCAAAUGACUCGUAACUGGGGUGCUAACUGGCAGAGCUCCGGCGAUCUCCGUGGACAGAGACUCUCUUUUAGAGUUACUCUUCUUGACGGUAAAACGAUGACGUUCGUAAACGUUGUUCCUUCUACUUGGUGGUUCGGUCAAACCUUCUCUUCUGGAGGCCAGUUUCACUGA